CCUCAUCCAAAUAGUCAAAUGACUGCAUUUGGGACUUACACGUAGCCAUCUAUAAUAUUAAUGCUACUAGUGCUACUGUCUGCGACAUAAAAAAUCAAUGACUCGUUAGCCGUGACAUUUUUAUUCAUCAUGCCCAAGGUCCCACCGACGCCGCUGUACAUUUAUUCCCGCCAGCCAACGAAACAGAUUUAUCUCGCCUACCAAUUGUUAACUACCGUUUUCUUUCGCUUACCCAUCUGGUUUUUGCUUGCUGUGCCCAAAUCCCUCCGCCCAAGGCCAACAUGGCCAUUGAAGCGCGUCCUAUUUCUUCGACUUUUCCGCCAUUUCAUGUAUAUCACUUCGCAGUGCGUUUUCUGGGCUUACGCGUGCGAACGCUUGACAUUGAUUUGGCGUAGGACCGGUCCUAUUUAUACCACUCCAAAUCACUUUGCCAUCACCCCAGGUAGCGGAACAGAAGGCAUAUGGAUUCCUCCAGCCGACAAAUUCAUGACCAAGAGUCUCAAGUCUAUGGCAGAGGUCUCGAAGGUGUUGCCUACGCAUAUUCCUGGAUACUGGGUCCACAGAAAGGGAUCCAAUAUUCCAUUCGGUUCUAUUCCUGUUGCCGGUAAAAAAGUCAUCUUGUCCUGCCAUGGAGGAGGAUACAUCCGUUACUCCGGUCAUCCCGACGAUCCCACCGCCACUAUUGCGAAAGGAUUGCUGAAAAACUUUUCAUCAGUACAGCGCCUUUUUUGUGUGGAGUACCGAUUAUCGAAGACCUCAGCCGGAGCUUUUCCAGCAGCUCUGCUGGAUGCGCUGGCUGCUUAUGUAUAUCUUGUAAAUGAUAUCGGCUUCUUACCCGCAAACAUCAUUGUCGAGGGUGAUUCCGCAGGAGGAAAUUUGGCUUUGGCACUGACGAGAUAUCUUGUUGAGUCCCAGAACAAUGCUGAGGGUGUACCAGUGCCUUCACCGCCAUCUGCGCUUGUUUUAUUCUCGCCAUGGGCAGAUAUGGGCCUGUCUCACUUCACAUUCGGAUCCAUCGCUGCAAAAAAUUCAGCGACAGAUUAUAUUAGUGGAAUGGCAGAGGUGGACUAUGCACGGAGAAUGUUCUGUGGCCAAAAUGGUAAAGACUCUGUAUCAGUGAAUCCAUACAUGUCACCGGCUUCCAUCGAUCCUCGAAUGAAGAUUGAUUUCAAGGGAUUCCCGAGGACGUUCAUCGUCGCUGGGGGAGCAGAAGUGCUACUGGGUGUAAUUCGGACGCUCAAGGAAAGGAUGGCUAGGGAUCUUGGGGAUAAUAAGGUAGGAUACUACGAGGCUACCGAAGGUAUACACGACUACGUUGCCUUUACAGAGUGGGAACCUGAGCGGACGGAAACAUACAAGGCUAUUGCAGAGUGGCUGGCAAACCCAGUUCAAGCACGGUUCUCUAAGUAGAAAUACCUUACGGCAAUUUGCUAGUACCUUGUUCCUUUUGUACCACCACAAUGUCAGACAGCAUAUAUGCGCGGCGUCCAUGGAAGUUCUUCUAUCUGCUAUACCAAUUAACUGUUACCCUCGCCGUUCGUCUGCCUAUAUGGAUUUUUCUUUCUAUGAUACGACGCCCACGACAGUCAUGGAGCGUCUCGCGGACCGUGCUUGUGCAGCUCCUUCGACAAUUCGUCUAUAUCACUGAAAAAAUAGGUCCUAUCUUGCCGUGGGAGGAACCCAGCCAU